AUGUCCAAAACCCACAUAGCCCAUGACCUCCUCUCUCGCGCCUAUUCCCCUGACACAGCAGACCAACUCUUCACAGAACGCAUCAAACAAAAACCUCUCUACCUCCGCCCAACAUCACCCACACCAGCCGACAACCGUUCCCGCCGUCGUCUCCAACGAAUCCGGAAAAAGGAAUACUUUUACCGUAAACAACGACCUCGACCGCUCUCUGCGCGCGAAAAACGUAUAUCGGGAUUUUACGGUAUCCCCAAGGAGGAAUGCAAAUAUGAAGUCUUUAAGGGAUUGCAUGAUUUAUGGGUGGCGUAUAUGCAGGAGGUGUUGGGUAUAGAGAAACAGAACGGCAACAGAGCUCCGCCAGUGAUCACUGCACAGGGUCAUGGGAAUAAAUUGGUUAGUGCGGAUUAUCAUGGCGCUGAGGUUGAGGUCGUGCGAAGUCGGUGCGCGGGUAGAGUUGGGGCGAAGGGGAUUGUGGUUCGGGAUACGAAAUUUACAUUUGUUAUUGUAACGGAGAAGAACGUUGUUAAGACCAUACCCAAGGAACAUACAGUUUUCCGAUUCGCUAUUCCAGCUGCCUCGGUCGAAUCAAAGACUGACGACGAGGACAAACCUCAAGAAGAGAAACCGAAAGAUUUGGUGUUUGAGUUGCAUGGAAGUCAAUUCGAGAAUCGGCCUGUGGAUCGUGCGAAUAAGAAGUUUAAAUGGAGGAAUAUUGACUACGUGUGA